AUGGUUGGUGAAGCAAAAACCUGGUAUGAGAACGAGAUUAAAAGUAGAAAUUGGCAAUAUGAUAAUAUUCUUGAUGGUACUGGCGUGAAUAUCUUAAAUGCAAUUUGUUUAUUAAAUAAUGGCGCUUUAACAGGUAUUAAUGCAAAUCAGUUUCUUGGAGAAGCCUUGGUUGUAAGAAAUAAUGCUGGAGGUGAUAAUACAAUAACUGGUGCUAAUAUUAUUCCAGUGGAUACAUGGGAUGAAGAUUGGAGUAUAGCUGGAGGACAUCCCGCACUUGUAGGAACUUCAUCUCCAACCAAUUAUGCAAAUGCUAGUGCGGCACAAAAAAAUUUGCUUUUCUUUGGUCAGAUUACGCAAGGAGGUAUGUCAAUACUCGAGUAUAAUGUCAAGAUAUCAAAACUUGGAAAACUUGCUGGAUUACCAGAAUCAAAAAUGAGAAAGCUGUAUAUUCGGGGAUUAAAUCCUAUGAAUCAAUACAAUGUCUACAUGAUGGCUAAAUACCAUGACACUAGAGAUAAUAUUACAAAAGCAUUAGUUGAAGCAAAAAAAUUUUCACUACUACAAGGCAACUUUCCAUUUCUAUCUUCUGGAGGUCAAGUGCCUAAUCCCUAUGAAAAAAGUAUCAAUAUGGGUUUGACUGAAACUGAAGUUAAAAACUUGAUAAAAUCUAUGAUGCCAGCUACACAAUCCACUGCUUCUAAGCCUCAAGAAGAACAGUCUAAUCAAAUCACGCUUUCACAAAAUGAUUUCAAAAAAAUUAUAGCAGGUUUAAAAGGAAUUAUUGCUAAAGGACAGCAAACUUUGAAAAAACCCCCUGGACCAGGGAAACAAAAAGCAGAUGAUCUUGCUAUGAACCGUUUUUUAGAAAGUUUAACUGAUGAUGCAGGUUUACCAGAAGAAGCUUAUAACUAUGAUCUGGUUGAAAAUUUGAGAUUACAGCUUGAACAGUUGGAUAUCAAUCAAGCAAAACUAGCUUGA